UGGUGUUUGUCAAGAUUGUGCUGUUGUGUGUUUACAGUGAUUUUUAUCCCGUUACUAUAAUCCGGAUUGAAGUUAACGCUUUUAAGGAGUAGAUGAAGGUGACAGAAUGUCUCGCAACAAAGACAAGCAUGAGGGCGCUAGCGGGCGCACAUAUCACAUUAUGUCGGACGCGGAGCGGGCAUCUGGCAGGCGCGGAGGCUGGACUACACUUGAGAUAACAGGAGGUGUGCGCGCGUUGGCGCCUCCAUUGUUUCAACUGACGCACCUGUCGGCGUUGUACCUGAACGACAACUCACUUCAGAGGAUCCCGCCCGACAUCAACCAGUUGGUCAACUUGCAUACGCUCGAUAUGUCCAACAACAAGCUGCGCACACUGCCCGCUGAGCUGGGAGAUCUGAUACAACUUAGAGAAUUACACCUACACAACAAUUACCUGAGGGUUCUGCCCUACGACCUCGGCAAGCUGUUCCACCUUCAACUCCUCGGCCUCCAGGGAAACCCGCUCAGCAAGGAGAUGCUCUCCAUCUACAACGACAACAACGGCACGUCGAAGCUGCUGACGUACCUCCUCGACAAUAUGCAAGGUAAGUUCUAUUGGCAAAAUCUAAUAACAGCUCUCAGAUCAAUUAGAUUUUCUCGAUUAUAA